UGGUUUUAUUUUGAAGAUGGUGUUAUACGUCAAAUAUAUGUCGACUUGAAAGCCCAGUCGGCGCCCACUAUACAUCUAAUGCGAGCUAUUAAGGCUUAUAUUGCAGCGGUCACGAAAAUGACUGUAAAUCCUCGAAAUUCGUUGAUGGUAGCGGGAGUGGCCGAUCGUACAAUAUUCAUUUACAAUUUGAGUGACCAAACGAUAUCGCACAAAUAGAUGUAGAUGUUUUGAUUAUAGAAGAGAGCGUUAAUAGCUCAGAAGAAAUGUUGGGUGAUAAAGAAUAUUCAGCGACGGGUGAUAAAAAGUUGUAGCACUCAACGCGAGUUAAAGGCUCUUCGCGACCCCGAUUAUCGCAUGAAAUGUAUUGGUUUUUGGAAAGAAAAUCGCAAAUCAUAUUUAAUACCUUAUGAUGAUUUGGAUCCACUUUCAAAAUAUCGUUGUUGGGUCUACCAGCGAGCUGAUUUAAACCGAGUGCUUAUGUCGCAAGCUGUUGGAGCAUUUUGUAAACUAAAUCAAGAUGUUACAUCUUGGAAUCAUACAGAAGGCGCUGCUGUUGCCAUUGAAUAUGAACGUGAACGUGACGAUUGCCCGAUGUAUUUUGAUGAUGGCCAAAAUUCCUGGCGUCUCUCGGAUGCUGCCAAUAUUAUAUUUGAUUGGAAUUUGUAUAAAGGCGGAUGAAAUCGUUUACAUAAUUACUUCCCCAGAGUUACUUA